CUCGUUCACUUCUCAAACGUGUUCAUCUCAGAAAUCAAGCGACGCAAAAUGAGGUCCACUGGCGCAUGCAUUGUCUUUGUCCUCUACCUGGGAUACGCCAGUUCUAGCUACGCAGAAGGCGGCCACGGCUACGGAGGAGGUCAGGAUCUAGGAGGCGGCCACGACCUUGGCGGCGGCCACGACGUUGGAGGUGGACACGACCUUGGCGGCGGACAAGACUUUGGAGGCGGCCAUGACUUCGGCGGCGGAGAUGGCGGAUACGGAGGCGUUGAACAUGGCUGGCAACCGAAAGUUGAAGCACAGCACCAUCACAUCCCCACCAAAACCAUUGAGCACACUCAACCCGUUCACAUACCGGUGGUUAAGAAGGUAGGAGUCCCAGUACCGCACCCUGUGGGAGUCCCGGUACCUCAAGUCAUCAAAGUUCCAGUACCACAGCCUUACGCAGUCCACGUACCGGUACCACACCCUAUCGCGGUGCCGAUUUACAAGCUCGUACCCCAGGAAAUCGAGAAGAAGGUUCCCAUCAACGUAGAAAAACUUGUUCCAGUGUACGUGGAUAAACCGUACAAAAUCGAGGUGGAGAAACAUCACCCCGUGUACGUUAACAAACCAUACCCUGUACAUGUUCCAGUCUACAAACAUGUGUACCACCACGUGCCGAAGCACGAUGACGGAGGGCACGGGUGGAGUCAUUAGGUUUCUUCUAGGUUAAGUUUAUUCCAUUUCCAGUCAUCUCAUCCUCAGUCAUCCUUCACCAAAUCUUGUUGUUAUUUUUUUUCUGUUAAUAAAAUUGUUUUAUUUA